GUUUGAUGUUUUUUAAUUUUUUCACUAUCAUAUUCCAUUUUUUCUAAUUAAUUGUAUUUUUCCUAUUUUUCUUUUCUAAUGCAUGAUUUAUUAGCUAAUAAAAGUUACAAAUAAACAUUUACCUUAGAAUGUCGUACAUAACAGGCCCCGAAGUAGUCAGCUACGCCUGCACUUGUGGAUUGCUGAAACCGAUUCCCCAAUUGUACUUUUGCAGGCAUUGCUCUCAGCUUCGUUGCGGUUUUUGCGUGUGUCACGAGGUCGAUUCAAUUUUCUGCGGAAAAUGCUCCGAAAACAUACCUUCGGCCGAAGCCAGAGUGAAGAAAAAUAGGUGCGCCAGCUGCUUCAAUUGCCCCAGUUGCCACCAGGAAUUGUCUACAAGAAUUGCUACUAAAGGUCCUGUUGUUAAUCCUGAAGAUGCCAAACAACCAUCGCCCCACAAGAAAACUUAUUACCUAAGCUGCUACUUUUGCAGAUGGAAUUCUAGGGAUGUUGGUAUACCUGAUCAAGGAUCUGCUACAGGAGCCUGGCCAGAACGUGAAAACGUCCACGCCCAUCGCCUACAAGAAAUCAUGGACACUUACAAGCAAGUAAUGAUGUCACAAAAGCAACAAAAAGAAAACGAUAAGAAAAAACAGAGAGGUAAAUUUGUGAGCUUCACAGAUCGCACUGGGGUAACAUCUUCGGCUAUAAGAAAACGCAUUGGCUUGCCAGAUAUUCCACAUGCCAUGCUCAAAAAACCCAAUCCUCCAGAACCGGCUGUAGCUAAACUGGAAGUAGAAGAGCUACCUGAUAGUUUAUUCACUGAUCCAGUUAAUUUAUUGGAAAUUACUACAAUUGAGCAAAGGCACUUACAGCCUGAAACUCAAGCAGCUACAGUUGAUAUGCUGUUUCCCAUCCACAAACAAUUAUCAAUAAAAAGAUCUUUAAGGUGCAGACGUUGCGAGCAUAAUGUGAGCAAACCUGAAUACAAUCCGAAUUCAGUCAAGUUUAAAAUUCAACUUUUUGCUUAUUAUCACAUACCUGAAGUGAGGAUAGUCACAGUUGAGCCUUUACGUGCAGGCAAAACUUGUGAAUUAAUUUUAAAAUUCACCAAUCCCACCCAACAUGAAACUACAAUAGCUAUUAAAUAUGUGGAUUUAGAACAGCAAGCUACGUAUGUGGAAGAACAAAAAUUGUCAGAUGUGAUUGAGGUUUUGGAGCAGUUGUCUUUGCAACAACCCACAUCUUUACCGUCUUUAUCUGGUAGUCAGCCUAGUAGCUUAUUAAGCUUAACACCCCGACAACCGUCUAUAACUGUUAAACCUAGGAAAAUUAAUGAGGAAGUUAAUUGUGAUGUAGCUAUUCCUGAUAGCUCAUUUAUUUUGCCUCCUAGAGAUGAUGCCGCUGAAUACGACGACUCUACUGAUACUCAUAAUAUUGAGGACGAUCCAAAAUUGGUAAAAUGGCGCAAAUCUAAUAAGGCGUUUAUUAAGCUUCAAGUUACACCUAUGGCCCAUUUGGAAGUGGGCAAAGAAGUAAUUUGUGGUUUCACCAUGCAACACAUUUAUACCAACGUGAUUGCUACUACUAUUGAGAAUAAGCUGCCUCAAAAAUAUGAGCACAAUGUGAGGGUGUUUUUGAGGUUGGGCAAUGUUGUUGGACAGGAAUGAAAAAUUGUUUUGCUUAAGUAUAAAAAUUAAUCUGCACUAAUCUUUUUAAAAAAAAAUAUAUUAACAGUGUAUUUUGCCGCGGUGUCCGGAUCUUCCCCUCGGACCUUGAAAAUCCGGGAGAGGGCCUAUUCAGUGAUUAUUUAUUUUUUGUUAAUAUUCUUGUAUUUUUCAGCUUAUUCGCACAAUAAAAUGCUUUUUAAAAAAAUGGUCUAUUGUCUCUAUACAGUCCAUUGCGUUUUCCUGCAAGACUCUCAUGUCUUUGUCCAGAACGAGGUUCCUUGCAAGUUUUGAUGAAAACCUUUGAACCAGUCUUUACAAAAAACUCAAUACCAAUAGGACAAAAUAAAACACAAAAAAGUUUCUAUUUACAAAAAAUAUAAUAUCAAAGCCAGAAAAAAAAUAAUACACGAAAAAAAAUAAAUAAAUUAAGGAACUUUCUUGUAACAAAAAUUAUAACAAUAAAACCAAGUCUAUUGCUUUCCGGAAAAGCCGUCACACAUUUAAAUGCUGAGCGACGGUCGCUUUUUGCGAUCCCCUUUCGAAUUUUUACCGAAAAUGUUGCCCAGCACUUUCGAAACGCUAUUCACGCCCAACUUUCGUCGAAUCGGUAGGGCUUUCAGUAGCUGAACGGACUUGGCUUCGCGUAGCAGCGAUUGGAACGCCAGGGAAACGCCUGCGAAAUUUUCCGCAGCGCUGACUUCAUAGAAUUGACAGUUGUAUUGGAGGGAGAGUUCGUGGCCUUCGUCAACGCAAAUUUGUCUGGAAUAAGAAAUGAGAGUUAGACGAUAAAUUCAAUAAUUCAAAAAAAUCAUAGAAAUUAAAAAAAUUAGGAAAAUUUCAAAAAUCAUAAAAAUUUACUAGUCACAAAAAUCAUGAAAAUUUCCAAAAAUCGUAAAAAUUCACAAAAAAUCAUAGAAAUUUAUGAAAAUCAAAAAUCAUGAAAAUUUACAAAAUCAUCAAAAUUUAAGAAAAUUAAAAAAAUACGAAAGAAC